AUGAUGAACUAUCUUAACGAAAGAAGAAGGGUCAUGGAACCGAACGAGAAAAUAAGUCUCACCGGUAGAAUAUUUUCUUGGUCUAUCAAAGACAUACUCAACAGGGAUCUCUACAAGAAACAGAUAAAGACAAUACCAGAUAGAUUUUCAUCUGUUGACGAGUACCGCCAGUGGUUUGUUCCUCAUCUGCUAGAGGAAACGCGAACCGAGCUCUUCUCAUGCUUCAAAUCUUUAUCAAGAUCAACUGUUUUUCAAAUACUUUCUGUGGAGGGAAAGAGUGGAAGUUCAUCAAACGAGUUGCUGUACGAUAUAGAAAUCAAGGACGCAGGUACUAUUAAUGCAAAGUACAAGCCGAAAUGUGGAGAUCUUAUUGUUCUCACAAACGAAAAGCCAAGACGAAUCGAUGACUUGAAUCCCUUACUUCUCGCGUACGUAUACUCUGCUCAUGGUGAUCAUACAAUCUCUGUUCGUUCGACUAGAUCGAUACCUCAUGUUGAUGCAUAUUCAAGUCGCUCAUCUCAACUAUUCGGCGUUCUCCUCAUGAAUUUAACAACAAACACUCGAAUUUGGAACGCUUUGCACAACGAAGCUGCUAAUCCAACUCUAAUCAAGAGUGUUCUUCAGAAAAAUUCUUUGGCUACUGAACAAUGUUUUUGUUGUCGAAAUGAUGUUAAUUUUUCUGAUUCCCACCGUGUAUUGGAGAUGAUCCGUUCAGCCGAAUUGAACUCUUCACAAGAAGCUGCAAUUUUGGGAUGCCUUAAGACAAGGAAUUGUAAUCACAAGAACGAUGUGAAGCUGAUAUGGGGACCUCCUGGUACAGGCAAAACAAAAACUGUGGCGACUCUUCUCUUUGCCCUUCUCAACCUAAAGUGCAAAACAGUUGUGUGUGCUCCUACAAACACAGCUAUUGUAGAGGUAAUAUCAAGGGUCUUGUCCUUGUUUAAGGAGAAUUCUGCAUCAGAACAUGCUACAUACGGUCUGGGGGAUAUUGUCUUAUCUGGAAACCGAGACAGGAUGGGGAUCAACAAGAAAGAUCAUGUUCUUCUCGACGUGUUUCUUGAUGAGCGUAUUACUAAACUUGGACACUUGUUUGCACCAUUUUCUGGAUGGAAGCAGAGAUUAGAGUCGAUGAUAAACUUUCUUGAGAACACCGAGGCUAGGUACGAGCAAUAUGUAAUUGAGUUCAAAGAAGUUGAAAAGACGAAGGCAGAAGCUAAAAUGAAGGAGAAGCUUGACGAUCUAGACUUUCCUACAAUUUUGGAGUUUGCCAGAAAUAGGCAUCUGUACAGAGAGACAGCGUACGACCAAUUUGUAGAUAAGUUCAAAGAGGAUGAAAGGAAGAAGGCCGAAGCUGAAAUGAAGAGCAAGCUAGACGUUAUAAAUAUUCCUACAUUCGGAGAGUUUGCAAGGAUGAAGUUUAAUGGCACAAGUGAACUCCUGGAGUCAGAUAUGGUUGAUUUGUACACUCACCUUCCCAAGUCUUUCAUUUCAUCCUACCAAGUUGAGAAUAUGAUCGCAGCACAACAAGCUCUUCAACGUGUUAGGUACUUCUUGCGGGCGGAUCCUGAUUUCAAGAAAGGAAGUUUCAGAUACGAUUGCUUCAACAGAAUCAUCAGUGAUGACUGCCUUCAGGCUCUACGUUCACUUCCAGAACGUUUUGAUAUUUCAGACUUGUUGGAAAACGAAAACGUUAGGACGUUUUGUCUACAGAAGGCGCAUAUAAUCUUCUGCACAGCCUCUGGUGCUGCUGAUAUGAGUGCUGAAAGGACAGGAGUUAUAGAUCUUCUUGUGGUUGAUGAGGCUGCUCAGCUUAAAGAAUGUGAAUCAGUUGCUGCAUUGCAACUCUCUGGUCUUCGUCAUGCUGUUCUUAUAGGAGACGAGCUUCAGUUACCGGCAAUGGUUCAAAGCGAGAUGUGUGAAAGGGCGAAAUUUGGAAGAAGCUUGUUUGAGAGAUUGGUAUUGCUUGGCCAUAACAAACACUUGCUUGAUAUUCAAUAUAGAAUGCAUCCUUCGAUAAGCCGUUUCCCUAACAGAGAGUUCUAUGGUGGGAGAAUCAAAGAUGCUUCUAAUGUUGAAGAAAGCAUUUACCAAAAGAGAUAUCUUCGAGGAAACAUGUUUGGUUCUUUCUCGUUUAUCAAUGUUGGUCGUGGAAAAGAAGAGUUUGGUGAUGGUCAUAGUCCCAAGAACAUGGCUGAAGUUGGUGUGAUAUCUGAAAUCAUAUCCAAUCUUUUCAAAGUUUCAAGUGAGAGAAGUAUGAAGAUGAGCGUUGGAGUGGUUUCACCUUACAAAGGACAAGUCAGAGCAGUCCAAGAGAGGAUCGGAGAUAAGUACAGUUCCUUAUCUGAUAAGCUUUUCACUUUGAAUGUUCGGUCUGUAGAUGGGUUUCAAGGAGGAGAAGAAGAUGUUAUCAUCAUCUCCACCGUUAGAAGUAACAGUAACGGAAAAGUUGGGUUCCUCAAUAACCGUCAAAGAGCCAACGUGGCACUGACUCGUGCAAAACACUGUUUGUGGGUGAUUGGGAACGAGACGACUCUGGCUUUGAGUGGUUCGAUUUGGGCGAAACUGAUGACCGAGUCGAGGACACGUGGCUGCUUCUACGAUGCUAAAGAUGAGAGUAACCUAAGAGAUGCGAUGAAUGAUGCUUUGGUCGAGGAUGUUUCUUCGAUUUUUGGAUCUCUUUCGAUCAGAAAUGGGAGAAGAAACGUUUGGUAG